AUGAUAGCACGAGUAUUCAAAUUCCAGUUUCCUGAAAAGAAAAAGAGGAAAUCGAAAAGAUUCGAUGGCGAUUCCGAAUUGUCAGACACAGACUCUGGUUCCACCAUAUCGGAGAAGACCAAACAGAACGUCUUGCCAGUAUUUGCUCAGAAAAGACAACAGGCAUUGCCUGGAGCUACAGUGAGACCAAAGAAGCAUCCACCAUGGUAUAGCACACGGAUCUUAGAAGAAGAACGACCAGACCUAGCUGAAGCUGAUGGAAGGAUCAACAUAGAGGUUGAGCCUACUGAUUAUUGA